AGUGGGCGUGCAGGGGGGCGGAGCUUCCGCCCCCGGCCGCGAGGAGGAGCGAGGAGAGCGCUAAGAUGGCGGCGGCGGCGGUGCUGGAGUUCCAGCGCGCCCAGUCCCUGCUCUCCACCGACCGCGAGGCGUCCAUCGGCAUCCUGCACUCCAUCGUGAAACGCGACGUCCAGGAGAACGAUGAGGAAGCGGUGCAGGUCAAGGAGCAGAGCAUCCUGGAGCUGGGGUCGCUGCUGGCCAAGACGGGGCAGGCGGAAGAGCUGGGCGGGCUCCUGAAGUACGUGCGGCCCUUCCUGAACUCCAUCAGCAAGGCCAAGGCCGCGCGCCUGGUGCGCUCCCUGCUCGACCUGUUCCUCGACAUGGAGGCGGCCACGGGCCAGGAGGUGGACCUGUGCUUGGAGUGCAUCGAGUGGGCCAAGUCGGAGAAGAGGACUUUCCUCCGCCAGGCGCUGGAGGCCCGGCUGGUCUCGCUGUACUUCGACACCAAGCGGUACCAGGAGGCGCUGCAGCUCGGCUCCCAGCUGCUCCGGGAGCUGAAGAAGAUGGACGACAAAGCGCUGCUGGUGGAGGUGCAGCUGCUGGAGAGCAAGACGUACCACGCGCUGAGCAACCUGCCCAAGGCGCGGGCGGCGCUCACCUCCGCGCGCACCACCGCCAACGCCAUCUACUGCCCCCCCAAGCUGCAGGCCGCGCUGGACAUGCAGUCAGGGAUCAUCCACGCGGCGGAGGAGAAGGACUGGAAAACGGCCUACUCGUAUUUCUACGAGGCGUUCGAGGGCUACGAUUCCAUCGACAACCCCAAGGCCAUCACGGCGCUCAAGUACAUGCUGCUCUGCAAGAUCAUGCUCAACGCCCCCGAGGACGUGCAGGCGCUGGUGAGCGGCAAGCUGGCACUGCGCUACGCGGGGAGACAGACAGAAGCGCUGAAGUGCGUGGCACAGGCCAGCAAGAACCGCUCGCUGGCAGACUUCGAGAAGGCGCUGACAGAUUACAAGGUGGAGCUCCGGGACGACCCCAUCAUUAACACGCACUUGGCCAAGCUGUACGAUAACUUAUUGGAGCAGAACCUGAUCAGAGUCAUCGAGCCCUUCUCCCGAGUGCAGGGUGUGGGUCUGAGUGUAGGGGAGGCCUCGGCAGCCCUUGCCUCGAGGAGCACCGCAGCCCCGCGCUGCAGCUGUGCUGUUGCUCUUCCAGAUGGAGCACAUAUCCGGCCUCAUCAAGCUCUCCAAGGCAGACGUGGAGAGGAAGCUGUCACAGAUGAUCCUGGACAAGAAGUUCCAUGGCAUCCUCGACCAGGGCGAGGGCGUCCUCAUCAUCUUCGACGAGCCCCCCGUGGACAAAACGUACGAAGCCGCCCUGGAGACGAUCCAGAACAUGAGCAAAGUGGUGGAUUCGCUCUACAACAAAGCCAAGAAGUUGACAUAGAGCCGGGGCCGCCCCGCUCGCCGCGUGCGUGUGACGGAGCGCGAGCCCCGCAGGGGACGUUUUCUUCCACUUCUCGCUCGGAACGUUUUUAACCCUCCCCGCCCGCUGCGCGCGGUUCCUGCGGCGCGGCCCCGUCCGCCCGCGCCUCCCGUGUGCGGGGGAACCGCGGGCAGCGGGCGGCUCCCGUCGAUCCGAGGCGAAAGCUGCGGGGCGCCCGGGGCCCGGCGCCGUUCCGCGUCCUCCGCUCCGCCCCGCGUUGCCGAGGGGGGCGAGACCCGGCAGCCUCGGAGCCGCUGCACGGCGCUGGACGGCCCGGCGCCGCGGGGGCCGCCGCCGCCCCACACCACCCCCUCCAGACCCCUCCCGCCCCCCGACUCCUCCUCACCGCACCUCCCGCCCCGCACCCCCUCCCCUCGGUCGCCGUGUGGGUUCUUGGCACCGCCGCUGCGUACCAACGGUUCUUGCUGAGCACCGCCGCUGUAUCUGAUGUUCAGAUGAGUUCCAAUAAAAGGAGGUUUUUUUGGUUUGG